AUGUUUCUGUUANUAGAGAGGUUAGAGCAAUAUUUUUUAGUCAAUGACAUAGAAAAUGACAAGAAAGCUGCAGUGUUACUAACAGUUAUUGGCAGUACAGCGUAUGCAAAGCUAAAAAGUUUAACUUCGCCGGAGUUACCCAGCACGCUGAGUUAUGACCAGCUGAAGGGCCAUUUACAGAAUUAUUACGCUCCAAAGCCUUUGGUAAUUGCUGAGCGAUUCAAGUUCAUGAAAAGAAACCAACUUGAAGGUGAGAAGGUUAGUGAAUAUCUAUCAGAACUGAGACGAUUGUCAACACAUUGUGAGUAUGGAGACUUUUUGAAUCAGGCGUUGCGUGACAGAUUUGUUUGUGGUCUGCUUCAUGAAGGGACACAAAAGAAAUUAUUAGCAACCAAGGAUCUUACACUUGAAAUGGCAUUUGACGUUGCCAUGGCCAUGGAAUUGGCACACUGCCAUUCUCAGCAAUUCAGACCGCCAAUAGCAGAGCCAGCCAAUGUGCAUAAAGUAACUACUAGCAAUUCAAAAGAGAGCAACCGACCAGCGGUAAGGAAAAACAAAAGUGUAAACAAAUGCUGGCGAUGUACAGGAAAUCACUCUCCAAAUGACUGCAGAUUUAAAGAUGAGAAAUGUUUUGUAUGUUCUAAGGUAGGACACAUUGCUAAGGUGUGUUGGGAAAGAGGGAAAACAGUAAAUGAGGUCAUCGAAGAUACCUUAGAAAACCACUCUGACAUUUUACACAUUUAUUCAUUAAAGAACAACAGCAAUAGGAAAGGGGUCUUCGUACCCAUAGCAAUCGAUGGACAAAUAAUACAAAUGCAAAUCGAUACCGCAGCUGAGGUUUCAGUGAUAACUGAGGACACAUACAAGAAACAUUUCAGUCAUAAGAAACUGGGUUCAGCAGAUGUAAGGCUAAGAGCCUACAAUGGGGAGACCAUCCCGCUGAUAGGGAAAAUCACCGUGAAUGUUGUUCAUGAAGGGCAAAAUCUCCAACUGCCACUUAUAGUAGCAAAGGGCAGUGGUAAGCCGCCUCUACUUGGAUAUGGAUGGCUACAAAAAUUGAAAUUAAAUUGGAAGGAGAUAUUCGCCAUAUCACAGCCUCUGGUGCCAAAUGUAGGAGAGGAGCUUAUGAACAAAUAUGAAAAUUUGUUCUCAGAGGGAUAUGGGAAAAUUAAGGAGUUCAAAGCUCAUAUCAGAGUCAAAGAAGAUGCAUCACCUGUGUUCUGUAAGGCCAGGCCUGUGCCUUACGCAUUAAAACCAGCAAUAGAAGCAGAGUUGAAUAGACUAGAGCAAAGUGGCAUUAUAGAAAAAGUAGAUCACAGUGAGUGGGCAGCUCCCAUAGUGGUUGUACCCAAAAGUGAUGGGUCAGUGAGAAUUUGUGGUGACUAUAAAGUAACUGUGAAUCAGGCUGUAUCACAAGAACAGUAUCCACUUCCCACGGCCAAGGAUCUGUUCUCAACGUUGGCAGGGGGAACUGUUUUCACAAAGAUCGAUCUGUCUAGUGCCUAUGCCCAGUUGGAGCUCGAUGAAGAAAGUCAAAAGUAUCUUGUUGUGAACACACACAAGGGGUUGUAUAAGUUCAAGCGCUUAGCUUAUGGAGUCAAAAGUGCACCUAUGAUCUUUCAGUGUGUAAUGGAUCAAAUGUUGAAAGAUUUUGAUGGCGUUAUUUGUUCACAAGAUGAUGUUUUGAUCAAGGGCAUAGAGGAAGAUGGUAAACAUGAAGAAGAUAUCAAAAAGGUUGAAAAAGUGUUACAGCGAUUGAAGGAAUAUGGAGUAAAGGCUAAGAGAGUGAAGUGUCGCUUUCUGGAGCCUAAAGUUGAAUAUCUGGGACAUAUGGUGGACAAAGCUGGACUUCAUCCUACAGAGGAGAAAGUCAAGGCUAUUCGAGAUGCACCCGUGCCCAAGAAUGUACAGGAGCUCGAGUCAUUUAUUGGACUUGUAAACUACUAUGGUGCAUUUUUCAAAGACAUGUCUACCACACUUGCACCAUUAAACAGACUAAGGCAGAAGAAUGUCAAUUGGAAAUGGACUGAGGAAUGUCAAAAGGCAUUUGAUGCAUGCAAAUGUGAGUUAAGCAGUGACAGAGUGCUUACACACUAUGAUUCUCAACGCAAAAUAAAACUAGACUGUGAUGCCUCGGCAUAUGGAGUGGGGGCAGUCAUUAGUCACAUCAUGGAUGAUGGUUCAGAGAAACCAAUAGCAUUUGCAUCACGAACUCUGAGCAAAAGUGAACGCAACUAUGCUCAGAUUGAAAAGGAAGCACUAAGCAUAAUAUUCGGUGUUACAAAAUUUCAUCAGUAUCUGUAUGGAAGAAAAUGGACUCUAGUGACUGAUCACAAACCACUCCUUACCAUACUGGGCCCAAAGACAGGAGUGCCUACACUCGCAGCAGCAAGAAUGCAACGGUGGGCUAUUAUUCUGUCAGCAUAUGACUAUGACAUCCAGUAUCGCAAGUCAGAACUACACAGCAAUGCAGAUUGUUUGUCGCGUUUACCACAUGAGGUGUCAUCAAUUGGCAGUGAUUGCACAAUAUAUGUAUGUGAAGUAGCUACAGAGCUACCACUUACUGCUAGUGACAUAGCUGAGGCCACUCGGAAAGAUUCUGUAUUAAGCAAAGUCAUGGAUUAUACGAUGAGUGGUUGGCCAGAGUAUCUAGAUUCAGAGAUACUCAAACCAUAUCAUGUCAGGAGACAUGAGCUUUCAGCAGAGCAAGGGUGUAUCUUGUGGGGAAACCGUGUUGUGAUACCAGAGAUCUACCGUCAAACACUGCUAGAGGAUUUGCACUGGGAGCACCCUGGAGUGUGCGCUAUGAAAGCAAUAGCAAGGAGUUAUGUUUGGUGGCCAAAUUUAAACAGUGAUAUUGAAUGUAAGGUGAGAGAAUGCAGCGCAUGUCAGUCUGUGCGCAACAUGCCACCAGCGUCACCAUUAUACCCUUGGAAGUGGCCAGUUAGGCCAUGGAGCCGUAUUCAUUUGGAUUUCUUUUUUAAGGAAGGGAAAACAUUCCUUUUAGUGCAUGAUGCACAUUCCAAGUGGCUCGAGGUGAUACCAAUGUCUAAUACAGAUGCCGAACACACCAUCGAUGAACUUAGAAUACUGAUUGCAUCAUAUGGACUACCUGAGGAAGUUGUAUCUGAUAAUGGACCUCAGUUCAGUUCAGAUAAAUUCCGGGAGUUUCUGAAAACAAAUGGCAUCAAACAAACCUUGGUUCCACCUUACCACCCCCAGUCGAAUGGGGCUGCGGAAAAUUCAGUGAAAAAUGUGAAACGAGCAUUGGAAAAACACUUGCAUGAUGUGAAGUACAAAAAUAUGUCAUUAAAGCGUAGAUUAGCAAAUUUUUUGAUGCGUUAUAGAUCCACUCCUCACACUACCACAGGAAAAACUCCUGCAGAACUUUUUCUUAAGCGACAGAUUCGCACACGUUUCAGCCUACUUAAACCCAAUUUGGCUGAUGUUGUAGAGGAGAAACAAAUGCAACAGAAACGACAUCAUGAUAAAGCACCAGAACGUUGUUUUCAGUGUCACGACCGUGUACGUGUCAGGGACAUGACGGGCAGCAAGUUGGAUAAAUGGUUGACUGGAUCGGUGAUUAAAGUUUUGGGCCCAAGGAGAUACUUAGUACAAACUGAGAAAGGACUAAAGCAUGUGCAUGUUGACCAAAUAAUACCUGCAUUUGACCAGUAUUGUUUUUCAAAGGUAUUUUCAUCUCCAAUGGUGGAGAUGCCUGUAAUUAAUGAGAAUUUUGGUAUGACAACCAGACAUGUGUCAGACACACCAGUGCCUACCAGUCAGGUCACUGACACUGGUGACAUAAAUGUAGAGGAAAAUAUUAAUGUGGAAAUUUCAGCAUCUCCUGGGAAAACCCAAGUCACUACAGGUGACGAAUCUGUAAAAAUUAGCAAUUUUGAAAGCAGGUACCCAGUGAGAAAUAGAAAACCAAAAGUUAUUGUUGAUGUGUAA